AUGCUCGAAAAGACUGAUGGAGAGCAUCGAGACCAGGUUUUGCUUUCCCUGCUUGUGAACAAAGUGCACAUUUGGAAGGGAUCACUUGACCCUGAGCCUUUCCUGGAGGGUUUCCAAGAGAUGGAACGACUUGGCAUCCUUCCUUUGCUCCUGGAGUUCCAACAUAUGACAGCCAGGGCUCUUGUUGAAUCGAUGUGGAACCUUGCUUUCACAUCAAGGUUUACGAAGGCCACUCGCUCUCUUCUGCUAGGAGGGGUCAAUCCGAAUGGAAGAGUCUGCAUCUACCCGCCAUGUCGUGUGCCUGUCACUCCCUUCCAGUUCUCCCUCCUUUCCGGCAAUUUGUCUAUGACAAACCUUCUGCUAGAUUUUGUGGAGCGAGUCGAUCAACCAUACAGCGGCUGGAUGAGCAGUUCCAUUGUACUGGCUGUUGCCGGCUGGGCUAAGAGACAGUCCUUGGUUUCCAGGUUGCGGCCUCAACAUCAAUGGGACAAACGCCGCAUUUACAGAGCUGUGAAGCUCCUCAUAACCCGUGGUGCCAGUCUCGAUAUCUGCAAACUAGGUAUCAAACUGGAGACCACUGACGAUACUGAUCUGCUUCAUUAUCCAUUGCCUGAUUCGCAAUCGCCUCUUCAAAUCUGCGCCAGAUACCAUUUACAUGAGCUGGUCAAUGUGUUUCUGAGUACGCAAAGCUUUUCAGCAGAGGAGGUGAACAAGGCACUUGACGGUACACUUCGAGGCUGGUGGACCAAUCAUAUCAUUUCCCAUUCGGAUGAUCUAAGGACCCAAUUCCCCUUGGCAACAUUGUCUUCACUCUGGAGGUCAGGGGGAGAUGUGAACCGGAGAGCGGAUGUUGCAGAUGGGCAAACGAUGAGUGCCCUGGAGAUCCUGGUACACGAGACCGCCUGGGCUAAGGAAGCAAUUGAUACCCUCCUGAGCUUGGGUGCCAAACCAACAAUCGACGCACUCACAACGUGUCUCAGAAUCGGGGACUACGAACUGUUCUCGCGUCUUGUGUCGCUAAACCCACGGCAUUGGAUAUAUCAUCCCAAGUUCGCCAUCGUGUUGCGACUUGUCGACAGAAGAGCUCUGAAUUGGCUUCUUUGUUCUCUGUAUGAUAUUCAAUGCUUGGAAGUGAAAGCCGAGGUUCUGGCACUAAUCUCCAAGACAUGUCACCCCUUGGUCUGGAAAGAACUCCUCUCCCUUAGGCAUGACGCUGUUCGAAUUUUAUUUGACCAUAACAAGCUUUCAGACGCCAAAAUUCUGAGUUCCAUUCCUGUCGAGAUCCUACAAAGACUCUUCGGUGUGCUCACAGAAAGCGAUCGCAGCCUGUGUCCGAUACAGCCCAGUUUCAUUCAUAUGUCGGUAAUGAAUGAAAACGAACAGCUGGCGCAUCGGCUCAUAGAGUAUGGGUUUGGCAUGGACGAGGUAGUUGAAGUCGGCGGGAUCCCCGACACAGCCCUUUGUGCUGCCAUACGAAAUGGCGCGACUGAAGUCGUGAACAAGCUGCUUAUCAGAGGUGCUAAAACUGAAGUCGAAGCUGGGAGCUGUGCUUGCGGCCAUGUGCGUCAGGUCAACGCGUUGGUGGCGGCGGCUGAAUGUCAUGACAUGGCGCUGAUGGGAAAGCUCGUUCAGAAUGGUGCAAACAUCAACAGUUUUGGAGUGUUUCGUCGACAUCCAAGAUUCUCAUGGAAACUGCGCAAUCAAGGGUAUCUUACUUCUACCCUCGCUGGUCUCGGUGGCGACCCGUGCCAAUGUUGUACUACACCUCUUGCGGUAGCUCUGGUCUCUGAGGACUGGCAAUUUGUGCAGGCCGUGGUAGGCUUAGGUGCCAACCCGAACAACCCCCCAGAGCCAGCGCACGCUUCGACUCAUCACUUGUCACCUCUGGCAGCUCUGUUCUGUACAUUCACUGAUGGGGAGCCUUUUAAGCUGCAAGCGGCAAGGUUGCUUCUUGACGCUGGGGCUGACCCUCGAGAUGCCCCUGCGAUUAUGAGUAAUGUCGCGGAUGUCUCUGAGAGCGAUUUAUCAGCACUCCUAUUACUGCUGGAGAGAUCAGCCUCGACCGCGGUAUCUGCAGCCUCUACUCCGCGGUCAGACUAUGCUGCAGCUGCAGCUCUUGUGCAGGCAAUCCGCUUGAUGAAUCCAGGUCUUGUUGGUAGACUUCUCGAGAGACAAAUGUCAGGCGUCACUUCGACUUCUAAGAGCACAUUUCCCUGUCCCUUCUUUUUGGCAGUUUCAGAUCGGUUACUGCUAGUAGGGGAACCAUUGCCUACGGUACGGACUACGAUAGUGUCGCUCCUCUCAGAUCACGGAAAUGUUCCGAACCCAGUCUCACUGGGAUGGGGAGGCAAGAAAAUACUUCUACUAUCCCACGCUUUGGGGCUUUCAGGAAAGGUAGAGCAGGAUUUGAAGAUCUCGAAUCAAGGACGAGAUAUGUUUCAUGUAUUGCUUGACCGAAUGAAGAGUCCCAUGGAUCAGGAUCUCAAGCAAUGCCUAUUCAUUAGCGCAACAGUCGACUCAACAUCUAAAGCGGUCCAAUCUCUAUAUGAGAAAGGCCUUGAACCGCAGAGACGACCGACCAAAUUCCUCGACGUUCUUGAUUCGAUAUGGAGUGGGCACGGCCAUCAAAUCUCGUCCAAUGUGGCUCUGGUUGUUGAGGAUGCGGUUCAGAUGGCCGCAUUGCAAGGGAAUAUUGAGGUUGUCAAAAUCUUGCUGAUGAACGGAGCUAUGGCUGACAGGCCAGGAAACACCGCCAAUGGGGCCACAGCACUGCAAUUGACCCUUUUGCGGCGCAAUAAUGAAGUUGCUAGACUUCUGAUUAGCCAUGGCGCCGACAUCAACGCGCCUCAUUGCUCGACUGCGGGGAGAACCUGCUUGCAGAUUGCUGCCGCGACCGGGGACCUGGACAUGGUCAAGCUUCUGGUCCGGAAAGGCGCAGACGUCAACGCAAAGCCUCCACAGCGGAGGAGUUCAGUGUGGAAGUCGGGCGCUGUAAGCGCGCUCCAGCACGCAGUCAGAAGUGGUUCCUUGGACGUGGUGCGAUACCUGGUCGAGCACGACGCAGACAUAAAUCUCGAGGCGGGUCCAUUCGCUGGCGCUACUGCUUUACAAUACGCAGCUACAGAAGGCGGGACCGGAAUUGCCGAAUACCUGCUCCGCCAUGGCGCCAAUGUAAUGGCAGAGCCGGCUGCAAAUCACGGAAUAACGGCGCUUGAAGCAGCUGCAGAAGGCGGCAGAAUCGACCUUGUGUACCUGUUGCUAGGCGAAUUAAACAAGUACCUUGUGGACCAUCGAGAGUGGAUUGAGCAGGAUUGUCGGAGGGCGUGCCGAAGAGCCGAAUACUUUGGACAUUUUGCCGUGCGAGAUCUGAUCAUGGAGCACUUCGGUGACUUUGACUACGGCAAUGUGGAGGCUUAUGACUUGAGCUAUCUGUGUUGGGCUGAAUGGUCGGAGGAUUGGUUUGAUGACGAUGAGGUGGAGUAUUAUGAGCUGAACCGGGAAAUUUGGGAACCUGACGAAUUAGAAGGUUCAGACAUGGAAGAUUCGGACAUGGAAGCUUCGGACAUGGAGGAAUCGGAUAUGGAGGAUGCCCGUUUGGAAAACUCGAUCAUGGAAGUCACCGGUGUGGAGGAGUUGCAAGCCGAUGAUUUGGACAAUCCUGACGUGAGUGACCUUGAGAGCAGUCAACAUAUGGACAUCGAUACUUCCAAUGUCCCCGUCGGCGUCGCAUCUGGCGAGAGUAUCACCCUCCAGGCAGGAACAGGAGGUGUUGAUCACAUGCAACAAAGCCCCGAGUCUUGGGACAUGGUCGUCAACGAGGCCCUCCUUAACUAUGAAAUAGUGAGGUCUGUCUAUGAGUAG